CAGCACAGUGGUAAAAAUAUUUGCCAUUUAUUCGGACUAUAGUACAGAUUUUAUUUUCAAACGAAGUUUUAGUGUUAAUUUAUAAAAAUGAGUUCACCAAGCAGCAAAAAUAAUAACGAUGUAAGUGCUGCAAAGCAGCGAAAAUCGUCUAAAACAAAUUCAACGACGAAAUCUACCAGUUUAGAUACCCGUGCAGAAUUGGCGGACUUGAUUAAAAAAAAAGCCGAGACAUCAGAGCAAUUGGCCAAUUUAGAAAGACAAAUUUAUGCCUUUGAAGGAUCAUACCUUGAAGACACGCAACUAUGCGGCAAUAUAAUACGUGGAUGGGAGCGAUACCUCACCUCCAACAAAGCCACAAAUUCCAAAGCAGAUAAACGAAAUCGAAAAUUCAAAGAAGCUGAACGCCUAUUCUCAAAGUCAAGCAUUACUUCAAUGGCUAUAUGUAACCCUGAACGCGCGAGUGAGUCGGAUUCUAUAACAAAUGAAGAUUCGAGUGAUAAUCAAAUAGCUAUGAAUCAAAAUACAACAACGGCCCACGAUGGACCCGCAUCGAUAAAAAGCACUGGCAAAGAAGAAAAUAAUGAUCGGGCAGCAACACCUACCCUACAACGUGAUACUUUAAAGGAUCCUAAUAUCCCAAGUGGAAACACUAAUUCGAAGAAUAAGCUUUCCGGCAACUCUAGUAUAUCAGCUAAAAAAAGUGGUCACAUUAACAAAAAGAUUAAACACCGAUGAUUAAGGG